AGAUCCUAUUUGGAAGAAGGCAGGGUAGUAGAAAAUAAACACGCAUAAAUAGAGUAUGUAAGUAUUCUGUGAGCGGUGGCAAGUAAACCAAGCAGUUCCCAGAAGGGAAAACAAAAGUGAGAGAAUUGCAUUCAAAAAUGAAAAAGUCGAGGUGAUAAAAGUGCCCAAAGCGUUUUGAACUGUCUUAGAACUUUCUGAAAACUUGGACCAAGAAAUUUUAUCACAAGAAAGGAGAAACUGAGAAUGAAAAACAUAAUACUUCGAAUGUCGUGAGUUUUCAUCGAUGGUAUUCAUGGCUGUCAUCCCCGAAUCUAGACCCAAAGUUCCAGAUUUUGCUCAAUUUAAGACACACCUCUUUGAACUUAAACUUGCGAGAAAGCAAUCCAGAUCGCCUCUCCCCCAUGUGCUGGUACUCUCCUACCCAUUAUCCUUCUAAAAUAGACAUUUUGAGACAAUGUACUGAUGCGCCAUUUCCAUCCUAUCGGGGUUCUCGGCUUUGACAUUCAAAAGGGGGCUGGAGGAGCGGUACCUCGGGCGCUCGGCGGUGAGCGUCCUUUAAAGCCGCCGCCAGCCAGCGCCGCUGUAACCCCGCGCACCGGCCGGUCGCCGGUUCCUGCCCCUUUCAAUCUGCGCCGACGCGGCGGCGGAUCCCGGGGACUCCCCGCGCCGGGAAUCUCCCGCCAGCUGUGCGCUGCGUCCCGACGACGGCAGGAGCACGUGGAGCGGCCGGGUAGCCAGAGCGGCAGCUCCAGCCCAGCCCAGCUCGGCGGCAAGAUGGAAGAUAUCAAACCAGAUGUGGAACUAAAAAGCACUCAGGAGCAAUCUGUGGCCACAGGUCCAGUGAUUUUGAAUGACUACAAUUUAACCAAACCUCAUGAAACAGAAAAUGUGGAUAGUGCAGAAGGCCCAACAAAUGAAGAUGAAGAUAUAGGAGAUGAUUCAAUGAAAGUGAAAGAUGAAUACAGUGAAAGGGAUGAGAAUGUUUUAAAGCCAGAGCCCAUGGGAAAUGCAGAAGAGCCUGAAAUCCCUUACAGCUAUUCAAGAGAAUAUAAUGAAUAUGAAAACAUUAAGUUGGAAAGACAUGUUGUCUCGUAUGAUAGUAGCAGGCCAACCAGUGGCAAGAUGAACUGCGAUGUGUGUGGAUUAUCCUGCAUUAGCUUCAAUGUCUUAAUGGUUCAUAAGCGGAGCCAUACUGGUGAACGCCCAUUCCAGUGUAAUCAGUGUGGGGCAUCUUUUACUCAGAAAGGUAACCUCCUCCGCCACAUUAAACUGCACACAGGGGAAAAACCUUUUAAGUGUCACCUCUGCAACUACGCAUGCCAGAGAAGAGAUGCACUCACAGGUCAUCUUAGGACACAUUCUGUUGAGAAACCCUAUAAAUGUGAGUUUUGCGGAAGGAGUUACAAGCAGAGAAGUUCCCUUGAGGAGCACAAGGAACGCUGCCGUACAUUUCUUCAGAGCACUGACCUGGGUGAGACUGCAAGUGUGGAGGCAAGACACAUCAAAGCAGAGAUGGGAAGUGAAAGAGCUCUCGUUCUGGACAGAUUAGCAAGCAAUGUGGCAAAACGAAAAAGCUCAAUGCCUCAGAAAUUCAUUGGUGACAAGCGCCACUGCUUUGAUGUCAACUAUAAUCCCAGCUAUAUGUACGAGAAGGAGAGUGAGAUAAUACAGACCCGAAUGAUGGACCAAGCCAUCAAUAACGCCAUCAGCUAUCUCGGUGCCGAAGCCCUGCGCCCCUUAGUCCAGACACCACCUGCUCCCACAUCAGAGAUGGUGCCAGUUAUCAGCAGCAUGUAUCCCAUAGCCCUCACCCGUGCUGAGAUGCCGAAUGGUGCUCCCCAAGACCUGGAAAAGAAGAGCAUCCACCUGUCAGAGAAGGGCCUGCCUUCUGAAAGAGGCCUUUCCCCCAAUAAUAGUGGCCAUGACUCCACGGACACUGACAGCAACCAUGAAGAACGCCAGAAUCACACUUACCAGCAAAAUCACAUGGUCCCUCCUCGAGUCCGCAAUGGGAUGCCACUUCUGAAGGAGGUCCCCCGCUCUUAUGAACUCCUCAAGCCCCCACCCAUCUGCCCAAGAGACUCCAUCAAAGUGAUCAACAAAGAAGGAGAGGUGAUGGAUGUGUAUCGGUGUGACCACUGUCGAGUCCUCUUCCUGGAUUAUGUGAUGUUCACUAUUCACAUGGGUUGCCACGGCUUUCGUGACCCUUUUGAGUGUAACAUGUGUGGAUAUCGAAGCCAUGAUCGGUAUGAGUUCUCGUCUCACAUUGCCAGAGGAGAACACAGAGCCACACUGAAGUGAACAUCUGGUCCCAGAGAUGAUUUGCGCCUGAGCAUUGAACAUCAUUCUUAAAAACUGAUAAAUCACUCUCAAAAUAAACUCAGUUCCAAGCUCCUUUCCGUACCAUUUUUAGCAUCCAAAGGGUCAUAUUCACAUGGGCAACAGAGAAACGCUGAGUUCAUUCAGAAAUUGUUUGCAGAUAUGUCAUGUUACUACUUUUGUGAAACUUUUGUUUUCCCAUCAAGGACUUGAAUUUUAUAUUUAAAAGCCAAUGAAGUAUUUAGUCAUUAUCUUUUGCAGCAACAGAGCAGGCCUUCCUUGGAGUUUGUUGUGAGUCAGAAGAAUCCCCUGGUUGUGCUGCAUGAGACAUUCUUUCUGAGAUUCAUCAGCCAUAUGUGGAAAAGCCUUUUGGUCAUAUGCCCAGGACCACAGAGAAGAAGAGCUGACCAGCUGACCUUGCUGGGAAGCCUUGCCUUUCUGCACUUAACACAAGGCUGAAGGGUUAGGAUAUAAUCUCCCCAUUCCAAAUUAUAGUCUAUUAAUAAGGAAAAGAACAGCAAUAAGAUAAGCAUCUGUUACCAAUAACUGAAGACCCCAGUCUCCGAGCAUCAGAUCCAUUUCUUAUCACACAAACCAAAAAAGAAGAAGUCAUCUGAUGAUACUUCUGCUUCUACCCUUUACCCUCCCAUCUCCAAUUAAAAGCUGCUUUGGGCUAAACCAGUCGUCUAUAGGGGAAAUUCUAUACCAGGAGACCCAAUGGUUUUAAAUAUAGACUAUCAUUGAAACUCCAGGAAGUUGUCCACUGUGGUGACGGCAUCCAUUUCUUGUAAUCAAGACUGGCAGAACUGGGCUCUGAAGGGUGAAAUGCUUCAGCACCACCACCCGGGGGAAAAAAAACCCAGCUACCUGAAGUUCUUGGUCUCUUUCAUGGAGUAUCGGUGUACAGACCCAAAGCAAACUCGCCAAAGAUUUUUUUGACAAAAAAUACCAGAAAGUCCAAAAAGUGUGACUUAGUGUCCCCUUCCCCACAGGAGAGGAAUCAGGGACAGAUGCCAUGAGUGCUGUUUAGAUCAGAGCUGAACUUCAUGAUGGGGUGAGGAGGGGAGCACCUCUGCGGACAGGUUCUCCUCCAUCAGACAGGUUGGGGUUUUCCCCCCGGUUUUCAGUGGAGUUGCUGUGUCCCACAAAGAUUCCUGAAAGUCUAAUCUUGGUUCUGCAGAUGUAUCAGUCAUCUUACCGUGAGUUAUGGGACAUGCUAUCAAGGAAGAGCACUGUGAUAACUACAAAAUUAGCGCUGGAAUAGGGGUCACAAAAUCGGUUUGCUAAUUCCAUGUUUGCCACUAACUAGUUGUAUGACUUUGGGCAGACCACUUAAUUCUUAAGACUGUUUCCUCAACCGUAAAAUAAGAGUUGAAUUCAGACAUUCUGUAAGGUCCCUUCCAGCUUUACAUUUAUGUGAUUAUGCAGUAACCACAGUUAACUUUUAAGCCUCUUAAUGUAUGGAUAUUAAGCAGAAGAGUAUGUAUAUGAAUUAUCUGUUUCACAUUUCUUUGGUGUGAAAAUGGUAGCUGUUGUUAAGUUUUUCCUUUAACCACUGAGUUGUGAAUGUGAAGAGGAUGGUGGGGAGGAACAAAAAACAGGAAGGUAUUUUGAUCUUGCCCCAAAGUGUACACACAAACUGGCACCUGCAGCUGCUUGCCAAAGGCUUUUUUUUUUUUUUUUCCCCUUUUUAAGAACUUCUGUUAGGGAAAAUAAAUUCUGCUUCAAGGGACAACUUCAUGGAGCCUAUUUACAAAUUAAGAGUCAGCUUUGUGAACAUUUCUACCAGAGCCAAGAAUCCCAAAUUCCUAGCAGAUUAGUGUUUUAUGUAUCUGCCUUGAUAUUUCGAAAGGGCUCACGCAUUAGGUUCAAACUCAACUCGUUCAUGUGCUGCCAGUAAUUAAAAUGUUCCACCUCAGACUGCACAAAUGGCUUAUCCUUCUUUGUAGCAUGGCGUCUGUCUCAGGAAAAAAGAUUUUGUGAAAUUCCAUGGCAACAGUCCCAACAUGUUUGAGAUUUCAGCUAAAAGACUAGCUGUAUUUCAGUGUGUAGUCUUCAGUGUAUCACUGUAUUUCCGUAAUCGUAGGCUCCAAGCCAUGCCAGGUUGCUUAUACCCAUUGUGAAAGAGGAGCUGCUUAUUAUAUUCUUAAAACAUCACACAUCCUGUUGACUCUUCAGCAGACAAAAGAAAGAGAAUUUGGAAGCAAGGACUAGUAGGAAAGAAAGCUAGGGAAACCAAGCAUUUCCACCAGAUUAGUGGGAAAGUCUGCUGAAGAGACCAUCUUUUGCACCUUAAGAUAGUGAAACUAAGGACCAUCCCACUAACCUGGGGACUCUUUGUAGAUAUGACCCUCAUUUUCCCUGUGACUAAUAGAUUUUCUGAAUGAUUUCCAUUCUUCUGAGGUCAGUUUUCUGAGUGGGGUGACCACUCACAAAGGCUGCACUUUCAUUGUAGCAUUCUGAGUCUAGGUUGAGGCAUGUCAAGUCUAGAGAAAAUUUUUAUGUGGAAACUCCACAUUCUUAAAGUUGAACCAGGUGGUAUAUAGUGGUUACCACCUCAAAGGUAAACACUUCUGUAGGUACUCUUUAUACUAAUUAACGCCCUCCUCCCCCCAACUUGCUGGGUGGGUGAAGGAGAAUCUUAGCAAGAUACCUAGAGAGAAGGGCGGGAUCGGGAUUCACAUCUGACCCUCUUGGAAACUGAAUUCGUGUAGCAGCUUCAGGCAGCACAUUUACUUUCUCAGCCAGAGUCCCUGUGAACGUGAGCCUUGUAGGUCUUCUCUCCUUCAUUUCCCACCAACCCUCUUAUUAGGCAGGCCUACCACCACGUACCCAGGAGGCCACAAUUGGAGAAACAACCAAACCCAUGAAGAGUUCCCUUGCAGCCAAGGUGACAGAAUCUGGGUGAGGGUAGAGAAGGAAGAGAACUGGCUCUCCAGGUGGUCCUUCUCACUGUUUGGAGUGUUGCGUAGGUAUUUUCUACUGGCCCAGAACUAAAUAGAAGUGUCUCCUCCAUGACCCCCGCCACCAGGAAAAAAAAAAUAUUAAUAAACCCACCAGUGUUUAGAUUCCUUAAGUCAUUCUCCCAAAAAGAGAUCUGCCUUGACAUAGAUAAGCUAGCUAAUCUUAUACUAUGUUACCCAUUCUGAGCUUUUCCUGACAGCUUUUGACUUUGUCAGUGACAGAACUUAUUACCUUUUGAAUGCAGCUCUUAACAUUUUGCUAGCCCGUAAUCAUUAGGCCCAGAUAUAAAAUGACCCCAGAUUUCUCUUGGAAAGAGAAAUGUUUAAAAACACAAAAUUGUACUCAGUUGAAACACUGUGUUCUUAACAAAUCUCACAUCAACAUGAAGUUUUUCCAAACAGCCUCUGUGUCACUCUUCUUAUUCUCCAACUCUGCUUUAUACACCCCCUCCUUCCCUCCCCCCUCCCCGCUAAAUGGGAGGUUUAGAAUAUUUUAAGGGAAAAAGCAGUACUUCUGAUAUAUAUCCCAGGGCAGGCAAUAAGGCCGUAAUGGAUACGUUAAAUGUUAAAUUUUUUAAGUCCUAGCUUUAAAGUAUAUCCCACUGAGAAUAGGUCUCUGGUGGAGAUUUGGAAACUCCGGGGGGCCAGCCCAAUGAUGCAGCAGUUAAGUUCGCACAUUCCACUUCAGCGGCCCGGGGUUCGCCGGUUUGGAUCUCGGGUGCGGACUUGGCACCGCUUGACAAGCCAUGCUGUGGCAGGCAUCCCACAUAUAAAGUGGAGGAAGAUGGGCACGGAUGUUAGCUCAGGGCCAGUCUUCCUCAACAAGAAGAGGAGGAUUGACAGCAGGUGUUAUCUCAGGGCUAAUCUUCCUCAAAAAUAAAAGAGACUCCAGGACACAAGAUUUGAGUCCUCAGUGAUGUCCAAGUUCUUUCACAAAGACUCAGAAUUAGGACUUGUGAGCUCAAGGAGAGAAAAGAAAAUGGAGUGACGAAAAUUUUGUCCUAGAAAAUAGCAUCAGGCUGUGCAGAAGAGAAGAGAUCUACAGUGAUAUCUCAUCUUUUAAAGAAUCGGGAGCUGUUUUUGUGCUCAAACAGAAGUAUAGUUCAGAGAAUCGCUAUAAGCAGAGUUCAGAAAAGCAGAAUGAUUUGGGAUUUAAGUGCCUGUAAAGAGGACAAUUUUGACCUGAAACCAAAGGUUAAACCUGAGCCAUCCUAGCAAUAGCACUCUGUUCUCUAAGGCCGAAAGACUGAACGGUUCUGAGAAGGAUCACGAACCCAGGGCUAGGGACUGCUGCCUCUAAGGACUGUGGACUUGCAAGAGCCUAGAAGAGAGGUGUAGGCUUUACACUUUUCUGAGUUCUUAACACAAGACUGUACCUCUGUGUACCCAAGCUGUAUAUAGUCUGGACCCCAGCAUGCCAUCAAUAUGAUAAAAAGGUCUUUGCACUUUGAAGAAGUUAGAUGCAAGUUUCCUCUGACUAUUACAAUAGUGGACUGUCUUAUACAUUGAUAUUAAGUUGUUAUUUGAAACUGGAAUGUUAAUGUUUUCAUUAAACAAUGUAAGGUCAUAACAAUGUCUACCUCCCAAGGAUGUUGUGAGGUUUUAUGUAAUUUUGUCUAUUGAGUAACGUUAUGUUUUUUGAGGGGGGAGGGGGGAAAUUAUGUUGGAUGGUUGCAAAUUUUCCACUAUAUAUACUGUAUUUAGAUUUAAAGACAUGGAAAAUAUUCAAGACCAUACUAGGACCAUAAGAGUCAUUCAGCUGCCAGUGGAGGCAACUGAUCUCUAACACGCAGUUUCCUUCAUUUUUUUUUAAUGCAUAAGAGUAGAGAACAUGCUGAGCCUUAGAACCAAUGUGAGUUAACCACAUGCUACAGAUACUUCACGGCUUUGCAGCCAGGGAAGUAGAAUAGUUUUGCUCCCCUACUGUCCUAUGAGCCCUCAACCAUUAAUUUCCCAAGCAACUUAGAGUUUCCUGAAAUGGUCUUCACUGUCCAUCUUUCCAUUGACCUCCCUCUAGAAAGCCUGGAGAGCAGUCCCAUGAUGCCACCCACCUUCUCCCAAGCCAAUUCGGUGCAUCUGUGGGGCCUACUCCAUACUCUGAACGUAACUGCAGCUUUGCUUACCCCUCUCCUAAAAAGACUGAGAAGAAACACUUUAACAUGUUAGGAAAAUGAGGCAGCCUGAAAAAUGACUGAUCCCAUUGCCAGUGACUCAUUCAUACAAGGACUUUUCCAGGUUAGCAGACAAGGCCCUUUUUGGUAGGACCGCUUCUGUGAGUUCACAGAAACCAAAUUACUGUGGGUUGCAAAGAAUUAGCAGGUCAUUUGAAAAGCAGACAUCCCUUCACCCAGACUGUGGUUUUGUAUGCUCAAGUUCUCAGUCUGUGAGCUUUGAAGGAUCAUUUUGGCUACUGGAAAAACCAUAGCUUAUUUUUAAUUUCUGGUUGCCAAAGCCACCACACGUGUGGUCUGUGGAUGACCCUUGUCUGCAGAAUGAUGGGGUGGGGGGAGGAGGGGAACGUGGUUUGGGGCUCAGGGUGGCCUUCCCACCAGGAGAGAGGGAGGGAGCCCUUGCCGAGCGGUUUUGACACAGCCUGUGCUCACAGCACUCUCAUCUGGAUUUCCCAGAAAUGCCCUCCCUGCCCAGCAAUGACCUUCCCUCCUGAAUUCUCUGAGUUUUACCUGGAGUCCAAUCAUUUGGAGCACUGUAAGGUACCCUACUCAUCUGUAAAGACUGUUUAAAAAGUCAGCUUCUGAAAUGUAGCAAUAAUGAGUGCAUCCUCGCGUCAAAAACAACCCUGCUGAUAGUUUUCAAGGUUUCUUUAUCAUGUUUGAUUUUUACACUGAAAAAUAAAAAAAAUUGGUGUGUUUAAAAUUA